AUGGCGUUCGCCGAGCUCCUGGACCGAGCGGGGGGCGUGGGCCUCUUCCAGGCCCUGCAGGUUUUCACUCUCUUCCUUCCCUCCGUCUUGGUGCCCUCCCACAUGCUCAUUGAGAACUUCUCGGCCGCCGUGCCCAGCCACCGCUGCUGGGUGCCCCUCCUGGACAACAGCACUGCCCAGGCCGGUGUCCCCGGGGCCCUGGGCCCCAAGGACUUCCUGACCGUCUCCAUCCCCCCGGGCCCCAACAACGAGCCCCACCGGUGUCGCCGCUUCCGCCAACCCCAGUGGCAGCUCUUGGACCCCAACGGCACAGCCACCAACUGGAGCGAGGCCGCCACGGAGCCGUGCGUGGACGGCUGGGUCUACGACCGCAGCACCUUCACCUCCACCUUCGUGUCAGAGUGGGACCUGAUUGUGUGUGUUGACCACAAGGGCCUGAAGUAUGUUGUCUUGAGCCGGGCCAUGGGGUCCUUCUCCUGGGGCCUCCUCUCAGCAGGCCCCCACUGUGCUUGUCUCCCGACCAGGUUUGGGCGGAAGUGGAUACUGAACUUGUGUUGUCUACAAGUGGCUUUGGCCAACAUCGGCAUGAUCUUCGUUUCCCAUUUCUUCAUCUACUGUGGCCUCCGGGUUCUGAGCGCCUUUGCAAUAUCCGGCAUCAUCAUGACCUCGGGGAUGCUUCUGGUGGAGUGGACCACGACCCGCAGGAGGGCUGUCACCGUGACAAUCCUGGGAUGCUUCUAUAGCCUGGGCCAGAUGGCCCUGGGGGCCCUGGCCUUCACCCUGCGGGACUGGCGCACCCUCCAGGUGGCCGUGUCGAUGCCCUUCUUUGCCAUCUUCCUGAUAUGCCGGUGGCUUCCAGAGUCUGCCCGAUGGCUCAUUAUCACGGGCAAACCAGAGCAAGGGCUGCAGGAGCUCCACAAGGUGGCCAAGAUAAAUGGCCACAAGGAAGCCACAAAGUCACUAACCAUAGAGGUGAGAUGCUACCGUUGUGUCCGCUACUUUGAGCCAGAGCUGAGCCCCUCCCCCACGAAGCUGUUCCUAGGGGACCACAGCUCCUGUCUGCAGCUGGGGGCUCGGGGCGCAGUGCUGGGAGGAGUGUCCCUGAGUCCCCGAGGCAGUGAUGGGGACAGAUUUGCAAACUUCUCCCAAGUGACAUCCUACUACGGGCUGGUCCUUGACCUGCAAAACCUGGGGAAUGACAUCUUCCUCCUCCAGGUUCUCUUUGGAGCCGUGGACCUACUGGCCCGGUCCAUCACCGCCUUCUUGCUCAGUUUCUUGGGCCGCCGCACGACCUUGGCCAGCUUCCAGGCUAUGGCUGGCCUCUCCAUACUGGCCAACAAACUGGUCCCACAAGAUUGGCAGACCCUGCGCACGGUCUUUGCUGUGCUGGGAAAGGGAUGUUUUGGCAUCAUCUUUUCCUGUGUCUCCGUCUACAAGCCUGAACUCUACCCGACUUCACUGCGGAUGACAGCAGAUGCCUUCCUGCAGUCGGCAGGUCGUCUGGGGUCUGUGAUAGACCCCCUGAUCAGGAUGACUCAGCAGAGCCUGCCCCUGCUGGUCCCCGUGGUCUACAGUGCUCUCCCCAUCACCUCUGGCCUCGUUCUCCUGCUCUUCCUCCCGGAGACCCAGGGAUUUCCACUUCCCGACACCAUCCAGGACCUGGAGAACCAGAAAUCGGCAGCAGUCACGGGCAACCGGCGAGAGGUGGUCGUUACAGAAAGUACCUCGUUUGGGCGCAGGCUGGUGCUGACCUGGAACUACCUUCAGAUGGCCGUGUCGGGCACGGCGGCCGCCUUCGCCCCCACCUUCCCGGUGUACUGCCUGUUUCGCUUCCUGGUGGCCUUGGCCGUGGCGGGCGUCAUGAUGAACACUUGCACUCUCCUGAUGGAGUGGACGUCCACGCGUGCCCGAGCCUUGGUGAUGACUUUGAACUCCCUGGGCUUCAGCUUCGGCCAGGUCCUGAUGGCCACAGUGGCCUACGGUGUGCGUGACUGGGCCCUGCUGCAGCUGGUUGUCUCCGCCCCCUUCUUCCUCUGCUUUGUGUAUUCCUGGUGGCUGGCGGAGUCUGCCCGAUGGCUCCUCAUCAAGGGCAAGCUGGAGCAGGGCCUGCGGGAGCUACAGAAGGUGGCUGCCAUCAACGGGAAGAGGGCAGUGGAGGACACACUGACUGCAGAGGAUCGGGCCAGGGAUUUGGAACCUAAUCUCUGCCGCCCCGCCUACCCACCCCCUCCCGGGCCGGUCUACACUGCCCCAGGCUACACUGCUCUCCCGCUGACUGUGGGCAGCUCCUGCAGCUGGCACCCACUCUGCCACGGGGAUGACGCUCACCCCCAGCUGCCCCAGAGGGGCCGGGUCCCGGACCCUCCCAGCUUCCAGAUCCUGUUGAACCGCCCCCGCCAGGCUGGAUUCACAAGCUAUGCCCCAGUGAGACUGCCCCCCUCCCCUGACCCCAUCACCGUCAUCAACCCCGCAGGCAUCUGCCCCAACCUCCAGAGCCCAGGUGCUACCCACUGCAAGCCACCCCCAAUCUGCUCAGCUGAGCAGCCCUCGCACCCACUGUGCCACUCCAUACCCCGCACUUCUCAGUUGGCACUCGAGGCCCACCCUUGCUUUGCCAACCUGGUCUCUCGCUGGGGCCGAGCCCAGCUCUCCAGCUGGAAGGAUCCAGCAGAGGCCUGGAAUGCCACCCCCGGGAAGCCUUUCCUCCCAGCACCUGCUCUCCUGUUGGAGCAACCGCCCCUCUAG